AACACGCCUAGUGUAAACUGUACACGCUCAGUAUCGAGGCGUGAGGAACUGAAACGGUUUCUCGCGCGGAUGAUCGUUGUAAAGACGCAGCGCAUCCAGUUGUGUAAAAAAAUACACAAACGUUUCCGCGUGUGCAUUUACUCGGUAAUGUCGGGUGCAGUGCAACAUCUGUGCCAACGGAUCGGGCUACUGGCAUAUGCUGUCGUCUCGUGAUAAGGUGAAGCUGUCUCCAUGGCGACCAGCAUGGUUCCCGGGGACAACCUGCCGACGUAUAAACUGGUGGUGGUCGGAGACGGAGGAGUCGGGAAAAGCGCUCUCACCAUCCAGUUCUUCCAGAAGAUCUUCGUCCCCGAUUACGACCCCACCAUUGAGGACUCGUACCUCAAACACACCGAGAUUGAUGGGCAGUGGGCCAUUCUGGAUGUUCUAGACACAGCAGGACAGGAAGAGUUCAGUGCCAUGAGAGAGCAGUACAUGAGGACAGGAGACGGAUUUCUCAUCGUCUUCUCAGUCACCGAUAAAGCCAGUUUUGAGCACAUCGACCGUUUCCAUCAGCUCAUCCUGAGAGUAAAGGACAGGGAGUCUUUUCCAAUGGUCCUAGUUGCGAAUAAAGUCGAUCUGGUGCAUCUGCGCAAGAUCACAAGUGAUCAGGGUCGGGAAAUGGCCACCAAACAUAGCAUCACGUAUAUCGAAACGAGUGCGAAGGAUCCACCCAUGAAUGUAGACAAAGCGUUUCAUGAGCUUGUCAGAGUGAUUCGUCAGCAGAUUCCAGAACGGGGUCUGAAGAAAAAGAGGAAGGCCAAAUGGCGGGCGGACAGACCUUCGGGUUCCCAGAGGCUGCACUGCGUUAUACUGUGACCGCACACCUCUAUCUCUGGGCGUCAGUUCUGCGAUGAUGAUCCCGUGACUCGGACUGUUAAAACACCACACGCACACACACAUGCACACAAAGCUAUGAUGAUAUCCAGGAUUUAGGGAACACAAUUUGAAGAAUCCAAAAUGUCUGAAAUUCCGCAUUGGUGGAAUUUUCGUAACAGGUGAAGGUUUCCCUGGAUGUCACGGCAGGUUUCUAGCGCUGUUCACUCACGUAACCUCUCAGAGAACAAUUGAAAAACAUCCUUUCUGAGGCCUUGUUUUAUAUUGUGUUUCUAUAUUUAUCGUGCUGAAUUCUAUAUUGUUAAGUGAUUGUUAAAACGGCACUAAGUCCUGUUCGGGGAAUAGACAUUUUUACUCAUCACAAUUCACAAGGAUAUAGAUAUAAAGUAGUCAGCGAGGGAUGAACCGCCUACCCGAAGGGUAGAACAAAUACUGGUUACCAUACUUACAAUUUUUUUUUUUUUUUUAGGGGAACCGAAGGUACAUUUCAGAUUCACUUAUUGCUAUUGUAGUUAUAGAAAAUAUAACAGCUGUGCCAAAAUUAAACGUUUACAUUAUUUAGCAGACGAUUUUAUCCCUGAAAGAGCAUUUAAUAUACACUCUUUAAACAUAAAUAUAGUUAAAAUGUAAAUAAAUCUUAUGGAUCAUGCAGGAACUAAAACAUAAGCAUCAUUUUGUCAUUUUACCCUAAAUAUAUGUAAAUGUUACAUUUACUGUUUCUACAUUCCUUUAAAUUUUAGAUAUUUUAUGAAAAAUCAUAAAGCUAACUAUGAUUUUUUUUUUAAAAUAAUUUAUACAUUUGACUUGAUUUAUAUAUUAUUUUAAAAUUUUGUUUAAUUAUGGUAACUAGAAUUUGUCUCUCCCCACGCACACACUAAAUCACGCCUGUAUGUGACAUGUUGCCAACUUUAACUAUAAUGAAAGGAUAUAUAUAUAUAUACAGUAUAUAUAUAUAUAUAUAUAAUACAUUAGCUGAUUGUAGAUCAGUACUUCUACUCUGAAAGUUUUGUACAUGAAAUGCCUGAUCUUUCUUAAGUUGCCAUAAAACUGAGUAAAUCAGUGAUUGCACAAAAACGUCAGUGUUAUGUAAUUCUACAUUGUUACAUCAUAAGAACAUUAUGAGGUCAUAAUGUUUCAGAAGAGUUCCGCUUCGCAUCGUCACUUUAUUUUAAGCGUGUUUUGAAGUUCUCAUUGAUGUUUUGAAUGUAACGUCUGUCGUUCCAUACUGUACGCCUAUUUCUACGUUUUGCUUUUCGAGAUUUCUAAAGUCCAGCUUUAGUGUUUAGCUUAAAAUAACAUCGACUAAGUAGCCCGUUUAGGCGGUAUGGUUUGUUUCGUGAUUGUAUACUGCUCUCGUUUUGGCUACUUGUUAUUUUAAUUCUUACGACAGCAUAUCUGUUUUGUUUCUAGACUGGAAAUGAGAUGUCUUGACAUCUGAUGUCGACUUUGUUCGAAACUUGGUGCAAAUUUUGUGGUUCGGUUAUUACUGGUUUUUUUUUUGCUUUCUUUUUAAAAGUAAUUUAUUCUAUAGAUUCUGUGUGUUCUGUGAUCAUGUUUGUACAAAGAUUGUAACGACCAAUUGAGGCCAAAAACAGCUCUGAAAAGAAGGGAAUUUUUACAUCGGGAAUAUUGUAAGAAUUUGUAAAGUGGAAUGUAAACAUAUUAUAAUAAAUAAUGGAUAAAUUGAUCAAA